AUGAAGUCUUUAGCGUUGGUCGCACUGUGCCUGAUGUGUUAUUGUUCCAAUAACAUGCUUGUAGUCGAAGCAGGGCGCCUAGCUUCGCUGGAAGUGGUCGAGCGCCUGAAGGAGAUUGAACCGAAGCAUGCAGAAAUUAAGUAUCGUAUCAUCAACUUCGUGUACUCGGCAAAGUAUAACUUGGUGCAGAAAUCGGACGAGUUCUACAAGCAAGUUUUCAACGCCAAGGAAGGUUCUCUCGACACUUCGAUAGCACUGGAGGACGAAAUGCUGUACCAACUGGAUCAUCAGUCGGAAACGGUCGAUCGUAGCUGCCUUCGCUUUCUGAAGACAAUUGUGGAAAACAACAUGAACGUGGCGGGCGUCGGAUACACGAAUUGCAUCAACGACGUGGAGCGGGGCAUUGACAAGGAGCUUGAAAAUGCUCAAAAGCUGCUGGAAGUGGAUGAGUCCGAAAUAUUCUACCAGAGUCUGUUGGAUGUGUUCAAAGGCGAGAACAUUAUAGCCGGACCCGAUGCGGUUCUUGCCAAACUGCAAACGAAGGCGGCUGAAAUUGAUGCAUUUGCCACCGACUACAUGUCGGGAAUAUUUUCGAUUGUGGAACAGUUCUCUUCCAAGUUGUGGAGUUUGAGAAAUGGAUAUCAAACGUGUUUGGCCGCUAACGAAUCGGUAUUGAAAGUUACUUACGAUGCGUCAAUUAGUCAGCUGACGAACAUUUGUCUGGGUUCGAUUGUUAAAAAAUGA